UGCCGUUUACCACGCGAGCAAAGGUGCUCAUUCAACAACUAUGGUCUAAAAAAAGAGAUUGAGAUGACCCAAACUUGCCGCCCGACCUUCGUGCUGCUUGGAAUACAUGGGAAAGUGAGCUGCAGUGUCUCAGCACCAUAACAAUUCCUCGCUGUUACUCAUCGGUUCCUAAUGAUGCACAACGGAAGUACGACCUCCAUGUGUUUUGUGACGCAUCUGAACGAGCAUAUGGGGCUGUGGCUUAUUUAGUAGAGUACACAGGAGAUGUCGUUAAUACAUCCUUUGUGAUGGCCAGAUCACGAGUGGCACCCAGGAGGCAACAGUCCAUGCCUCGAUUGGAACUCUGUGCAGCAUUAGCGGGAGCACAACUAGCAAAGCUUUUGAGAGAUGAGAUAACUCUCACUAUCCAACAGACCAUUCUGUGGACAGAUUCUACAACUGUGCUGGAGUGGCUUCAGUCUGACUCCUGUAGAUUCAAAGUCUUUGUUGGAACACGAGUCUCCGAAAUACAGGAGUUGACAGAGCACAGUACCUGGCAUUAUGUAGACACACAGCAAAACCCGGCAGACGUUAUCACAAGAGGUAAACCACAUUCAAGUUUCACUGUGCCUGGCCACUGGAGUGAGGGGCCAACAUUUCUAAAACGGAGUUCUGCCCACUGGCCGAAGAGACCUAAUCAGCCACAGUCAGAAGAGUUACCUGAACUGAAAAGUCUUACUAUCUGCUGCCUAACCACUGUGGAAUCAGAUCAUGACUGUCCUGAUGCCACUCAGUUCAGUACAUGGAAAGAGCUAGUGGAGGCAACCCGACGACUAUGUCAAAAGGUAAUGGAUGAUUCAGCAGACACCCAUCGUGAAGCAGAAUUGGUACUGCUGAGAGAGUGUCAAGCUCAGAGCUUUCCUGAGGAGAUAGCGGCCCUCAAAACACAAAAACCUAUACCACAUCACAGUCGGCUUGCGUGUCUUGCUCCAGAGUGGGAUCCAGUGACUAAUGUACUCAGAGUUGGAGGACGAUUACGAAGACUGGAGAGCCCAAACGUUGAACAGAUUCUCCCCAUAGUGCUAGAUCCACGGCAUCCAGCAACGAAGCUUCUCAUUAAAGACUUUGAGGAACGCUUGUUGCACCCAGGUACAGAACGGCUGUAUGCAGAAAUACGGAGGCAAUACUGGGUCUUGCGAGGACGCCAAGCUGUUAAACACCAUCAGCUUAUCUGCUCAUCCUGUCAACGAUGGAGAGCUCAGCCUAAGGUACCACAGAUGGCGGACUUGCCACCAGAGCGGCUCAGGCUUCUCUCUCCACCAUUUUAUUCAACAGGAGUAGACUGUUUCGGCCCUAAUCAUGUCAAGAUAGGCAGAAGGAUCGAGAAACGUUGGGGUGUAAUUUUCAAAUGCCUCACCACAAGAGCUGUCCACAUAGAGCUUCUCAACUCCAUGGAUGUGGAUGCUUUCUUGCUUGCUCUUCGACGAUUCAUAGCCAGGCGUGGCAGGCCAAAGGAGAUCAGGUCAGAUUGUGGCACAAACUUUCGUGGUGCUGAACGAGAACUGCGAGAAGCCUUUGCAGCCAUGGAAUCCCAAUUAAAAGAACAGUUAGCUGAUCACCAGAUCCUCUUCAAGUUCAAUCCACCUAAUGCUCCCCAUUUUGGUGGGGUUUGGGAGCGAGAGGUCCGCUCUAUUAAAGCCGCUCUCCAGGUGGCAAUUGGAGGUCAGUCGGUUUCUGAAGAUGUCCUAUCUACAGUCUUGGUAGAGGUAGAGGGCAUUUUGAAUUCAAAACCCCUUGGAUACGUCUCCGCAGACAUUGCAGAUCUUGACGCCAUUACACCAAAUCUUCUCCUCAUGGGGCGGCGGGAUGCAUCACUUCCACAGGUGGCAUAUGCCUCAGAGGAAAUGGGGCGGCGUAGAUGGCGUCAUUGUCAAAAUCUGGUGGACCAAUUUUGGACUCAAUUUACAAGGAACUACUUACCCACACUUCAGACACGCCAGAAAUGGCACAAACCAUCAGAUACUCUGACAGUAGGCUCAGUGGUCUUGAUAAUUGAUCCACAACUUCCUAGGGCUCAGUGGCCUAUUGGUAAAGUUACUAAGACUGUGGUCAGUAAUGAUGGAUGUGUAAGAACAGCAGAUGUCAUCGUUAAAGGCAAAGUGUACACCCGGCCAGUUGUUCGCCUUAUUCCUUUGCCUGCUCUUAAGGAUAUCAAUGAAGACUCUUAAAGAAUUCUCUUAACUUGCACAUUUGCUGCUCAAAUGUGGGGGCGGCUGUUGUGAAUUCUUUAUAUUAUGUUUUUUUCUGUAUUAUCUGCUGCUGUGUUCUCAAUCAGUUAAGGGUUUGUAGUAAUUAUUCUACAUAUGAAAAUGACGUGUUACGCAAGUCGUAGUGAAUACAGUUUUGGCGUAAGUGACGCAUACUCCGUUGCGCAUACGGAGCCAUCAGUAUAUGACGCAUUUUCCACCCGUGCAUCAUCUUUGAUUGCAGGACAAAGUUAUUGACAAAAAACUACCUCCAAUGCAUAAUGUGUAUAUGGUGAAACCCUGCACAAAAUAAAAGGUGGAAAAGAUGUGAUGACUCCUACUCCCUGAUCAGAGUGCUGAAGUGGUUAAGAACAUUAAAGAACCGGCAUUCAGUGGGGCAAUCCCCAACAUAA